AUGUCGCACCUGCAUAGGCCUACAAAAGAAGAGCUAUUAGCUGCCGCAAAUGGUUUUUGGUCCCGACUCAAGGUCCGGUUCAAGUGGUUCUCGAUUCGGAGCGUUCGGCCUUUCAAUUUCGAUGAGAUAACCGCACUAUUCUCCUGGGUAUUGCUUGGCCACGUUGUAUGGAUUGUGCUAGGAACGACGACGUUCUUCUCCUUGCUGAUUAUUGCAAUCAACACCGUCAUGGCUCAAGAAACCUUGGCUGGAUGGGUAGGAAAUUACCUUACAAAGUCAUCGGGAGUGAAGGUUGUUUUCGAAUCUGCUAUCGUUCCUAGGUGGAAAGAUGGCGUUAUCACUUUCAAGAAUGUGUUUGUCUCCAGACGGCCCGGUCAGGGAACAGGGCAUGUCAGCAAGGGUUCCUCCAAAACCGCAGCUGCCGUUGCAGCAGCUGCUACCUUUAGUGGAAGGUCCGGCCUUGAUUCCUCAUCGGAUCAGCCGCCGGCAUUGGAAGAGGAGGACACCAACUACACCCAAUUUGAUUUAUCGAUUGAGACUGUUAAUGUCACCUUGUCAUUCACAAAGUGGAUUAAUGGUAAAGGGCCUCUACGAGAUGUGGAGGUCAAGGGUAUCAGAGGGGUUGUCGACCGCAGAUCCGUGCAUUGGUCCGAUGAUGAGCUGGAUCCAAAGUCUUACCGGCAUGAACACAACCCUGGUGAUUUCGAGAUUGACUCGUUCAAAAUGGCCGACGUCCUAGUCACUGUGUACCAGCCGAACAAUUUCAGGCCGUUCUCCGUCAGCAUAUUUUCUUGCGACCUUCCACAAUUGAGAAAGCAGUGGCUUUUCUACGAUUUCAUGUCAGCAAAUAUGAUGACAGGUUCGUUCGAUAAUUCGUUGUUUACCAUCCAUCCCCGGCAAAGUCACAAUUUUGUUGGUGCACAAAUCGAUCAUAGCUUGGAGGAAUAUGGCAAACCCAGCCCGUGGAAGAAGCAUAAUAGGAUACGAAUUGAUGGGUUGAAUAUUGACCAUCUUAACCGGGGAGUACAAGGCCCCUUCUCUUGGAUACAUGAGGGAACUGUCGAUAUCGUUGCCGACAUCAUGUUCCCGGCUGAUCAUGAUGAAAGCCUUGCGCAAGUGAUGGCUGGGCUGUACGAUCGUCUGGAAGCGACUGUCAUAUCGAGCCAAUACGAUGGUCCGAAUUCGCAUCGUCAAACAGGAUCUGAAGAACCAGUCUCGAACGAGGAUAAGCGCUUUCUAGUCACUGAUCUACGACUCCAGUUGAACAAUGUUCGAGCAGUGGUUCCUUUGUUCACACGGGACCUUUCAUACAUAAACAAUGCGCUGAUACGUCCCAUUGUUGCUUACAUCAAUUCGAGGCGUACUUUUAUUCCCAUCAAUUGUCGCCUUGUUAAACGGGUCGGCGACUUCGAUGGCAGCUGGACGACAUUUGAUAGCGGACUCAUGGACGAUCUUUCAGCAGCGGUGUACGAUGCAUUUGCGCGGGAUGUGGUUGACGAGCAAGCGCGCAAGCGGCGGUUCAAGAAGGUUGGCUUCUGGUCUCUUCAACUGGCUGCCCAGGCACUAUUUAUGGGGAUGGCAGGGAAUAUAGCAUGA